AUGCAAAACGUAUUAUAUCAAAAGAGUUCCAAAAGCAACCCAAUGAAUCAAGUUUUGGUUGGUUCACUCAUUGGCAUGCUUGUGUUGCUUUUUGCAACACUCUCAUGUCAUUCAGUCAUGGCUGCUGAUGUGAAUUGGUCCUCACUGACUGCCGAGCAAUUACAACAACUUCCAGACAAUGCUUUCACGUCCAUGACUUCGUCAGACCUUUCAUCUAUUCCUCCAUUGGCUUGUAGUGGAUUCAAGAGUUCUCAAGUUUCAAGUAUUAAUGAUUAUGCUUGUAAUGGAUUCAAGGCGACAUGCUUUUCCAAUAUGAAUUCAUCGGCUUACUCUGGAUUUAAACCAUCAUGUUUUGGAAAAGUACCGAGUCAAGAGUUGGGUGGCAUCAAUUCUGCUUCAAAGUUUUCACAAUUGAGUACAAGUGUGAUUAGUUACCUCUCAAAGAGUGCCAUUAACGCUCUAAAUGAAGAGGCAUGUGCUGGAUUUACCUCAUCUCAAGUCUCAGCCAUCAAUAAUGAUUAUCCAAAUUAUGCUUGUUCUGGUUUCACUUCUCAAUGUUUUAAUACCAUUCCUGUGGCAAGUUUAUCAGGUUUGAAAUCAUCAUGUGUUGGUAAAUUAGGUGUUGACAUGGUGAAUCAAAUUGCUGGAACAAGUAUUGCAAAUUUUCCUGCAGCUUCCUUUGCAGGAUGGGUUUCGAAUCAAAUUUCCGAGUUGACCAACUUGGACAUUUGUUCAAAUUUUAGUCAAAGUCAAAUCAGUGCCUUAAACAACGAUUAUCCUGUGUAUGCAUGCAACAAAUUACAAGCAGCAUGUUUAUCAGCCAUACAACCCAAUGCUUAUGCGGGAAUGUCUCGAUCUUGUGUGACUCAGUUGAACGUUAAAGAAUUAAGUUCUGGAAUUUCACAACCUGAACAACUCUCUAAAAUUCCUGCCUCUUCUUUUUCUGGUUUUUCCUCAAAUCAAAUUGCCAAGUUGUCUCCAAAGACAUGUUCUGGACUCCGAUCUGAUCAAGCUUCCAAAAUGGAUAAUAGUUAUCCUCAAAAUGCAUGUAAAGGUUUUCAAGCGAAUUGUUUUUCGAAAAUACCAGCUCGCGCAUUCAGUGGAUUCACCAGAGAGUGUGUCUCAAAUUUUGAUGCCUCUCAAGUGAGUGGAUUGUUGACCUCUCAAUUGACACAACUUCCAGAUGCUUCUUAUUCAGGAUUCUAUUCCAAUCACAUUUCACAAUUGAAUCCAACCUCAUGUGCUGGCAUGUCAAGCAGUCAACUGUCAAACCUUGACAAUUCUUAUCCCAACAAUGCCUGUCAAGGUUUCAAAGCAGAAUGUCUUUCCAAUAUUCCAGACAAUUCAUAUGAUGGUUUUACCAGUAGUUGUGUUUUUAUUUGGGAUGUCACACAAGUGAAUGGAAUUUCUUCUUCUCAGUUGAAACAAAUGACUCCAAAAGCAUUCAGUGGUUUCACCUCAAAACAGAUUGCAAACUUGAAUUCCAAAUCAUGCUCUGGAAUUUCAAGCUCUCAAAUUUCCUCUCUCGACAAUUCGUAUCCCAACUAUGCCUGUCAAGGUUUCAAAGCAGAUUGUCUUUCAAGAAUUGUAGAUUCAAGUUAUUCUGGAUUCACAUCGACUUGUCUUUCAAUGCUUCUUCCAGAGAGCAUGAAAGGAAUUUCAGCAUCUCACUUAGCAAUGAUUCCAUCCAAUCAAGUCCAUGGAUUGACACAGAAUCAAAUGGCACAACUCAAUAAUUCCACAUGCUCUGGUUUCACUUCAUCUCAAAUGGAAGGAUUAAGCAAUUAUGCUUGUCGUGGAUUUCAAUAUGGAUGUUUGUUUGAAUUGAUGCCACUCAAUAUUGUUGCAUCUAUAAGUGCAGAAUGUUUUUCGAAUAUUCCAUCCACCACUGUGACUGGAUUUAAACCAGAAGCAAUUCCUUAUUUUACUUUUGAAACAUUCUCAGGUUUUGAAUUGGAUCAGUUGAUCGCCUUUGUCAAUGCGUAUGGAGAGAAGAAUUUUGUUUCAGUGGCUACUCAGAAACAACUGUCAACUGUCAGCAGAAGUGUGGUGUUGCAAUUUAAGGAAAAGAUUGAACAAUCUUACAUUCAGAAAUAUCGAACGUUGAAUGAUACCACCCAUCAACUCUCUUCUCUGACAUGGUUACAAUUAAGUCUUACCACCGAUGACUCUUUAAAAAAGGUCUUGAACUCUAACUCGAUCACAUUCAUCACCAACGAUCAGACAUUUCUUGGACUUGACAAUCGUGUGUACCUUUUACCAAAAGAUGUCUUUUCAAAACUUCAAGUCACGUCCUUUUCAUUCUUUUUGGAAGACACGGUGAGUGGAAUUUCAGAUGAACAAAUUCAGUACAUUACUCCAUUAGCUUUUGAAUAUCCAAAAGGUCUUUCCUCUGAUGUGCCAUCGAUUAAUGUCCAAGCAGUGAAAGGAAUGACCUAUCAACAACUUGAUAUGCUUCUCAAAUUUAACAACCUGGCACGAUUAUUCACGUGUCCACAAUUCAUGGCCAUGACUCGCGAUCAAUUGGAUUAUAUAAGAAAUAGUGAGAGUUACAAACAAUUGGAGAGACAAUGUGGAACUCCAAAUCCUCCUCAGCCACAACCUUCGAAAUCAAAACCUCCACAACCUUCAAGAUCAAACUCGCCUCAGCCACAACCAUCUGGAUCUCGUAUUCCACCUCCUCCACGUCCACAACCAUCCACGAGUCCAUUAAGGAACACUUCAGUGAUGCCCAUUCAGAGCCAAAAACCUCAACCAAAAAGAUCAGAGGGAAUGAUGAUGAUUGGUUCAAGCUUUUUGGCUGGUCUAUUUAGUGUGUUGUUAUUGGCAGUUUUGAUGAUGCAAUAA